AUGGAUCCUUUUCAACCGUUGCAGCUCAAGGGGGAAGUGAUGGAUCUCGAGUUUACUAUCGACACUGACCAUCGAAAGAGAAGACGGAACCGGACGACGCAGAGUUGUCUCAACUGCCACACGUCAAAACGAAAGUGUGAUCGGAAAAGACCGUGUCAGAGAUGUAUACAGCUGGGCUUGACGGGAUUAUGUGUAUACGAGAUUGAUGACCCCGCAUUGAGAGACGAUCCCUCGGUUGACGAAACGACACGCCUCCGAAACAGAAUCGCAGAACUCGAAAGCCUCGUUCGAGAACUCCGAGGUACCCCCGCAAACCCCACCCCCGCUGGGCCGACAGCUCCUUCCGAGACGGCGACCCCAACGAAAAAUGGCACUCGCGCGCAACCAAAUGCGCCCCCCUAUCCGCCAAACGCCGCGCCCCCUCCCCAUCCAUCAAAACCGAGGCUCCACCAGACGCCGGGACGGGCACCACCAACUCAACGGGAGCGGGGGGACUCUACUAGGUUCACGCCUUCCCCGCCUGCGCCCCCGCCCGCGUCGAUGCGGUACCACCAGAAUCUGGAGUACAACGGUACCGGUGGGGCCGGGUCGUAUCAUUCCUCGCCGGGGUCGGGGUCGGGGUAUAGCGGGAAUGGAAUGGGAAUGGGUACUCGGAUGCGAGUGGGGGAGGGGAGUACGCUAGGGGAGGAGGAGGCGGGUACUGGGGCAGCGGAGGAAGCAGAGCACUCCCACGCGUACAUGGGGCUCUCGCACCAGUUGCAGAGCACACUGAGUGCGCUACGGCAGUCAAACGAAGCGGAUGCUGGGACGUACGAUAGCAAUACCCCGACGGAUAGCGAGAUCCUGACGCCUCUCUCGGCGUCGAGCAGUACCCACGGCGGACCGCCGUUCCACAACAGCUCACCCCCCGGAGGAGUGUCACCACACGAGUGGAACACCAUGUCCACGCCAAACUACAACCCGUAUUUCCCCAUGCAGUCAAACGAACACGGGGGUAUGUAUAACCAUAUCAUCACCUGA